AACACACACACACACACGCACACGCACAAAAAGGAAAUCCCUUAUUUUAUAUAUGAUCAGCCGGUUCACCUUUUUUUAAAAAAACACUCUUUUUCUUUGUUUUACUCGUUUUACAUACAAGUUAUGUCUGAUCAACUCUCGAAAGAGCAAAUUGACGAAUAUCGCGAGUCUUUCGCACUCUUCGACAAGGAUGGAAACGGCACCAUUGACUCCAAAGAGCUUGGCGCAGUAAUGCAGUCGCUCAACCUGCACCCAACCGAAAGCGAGCUCAAGGAAAUGAUCAAUGAUGUGGACAGUGACGGCAACGGCACCAUCGACUUUGACGAGUUCUUGACCAUGUUGGCAAGGAAGCAAAAGGAGGCGGAUACGCAGGCUGAGCUCCGUGAGGCUUUCUCUGUAUUUGAUCGAGAUGGAAAUGGAUAUAUCACGCUACCAGAGCUUCGGCAAGUCAUGACAUCGUUUGGAGAGCGUUUGACUGCGCACGAGCUCGAUGAAAUGAUUCGCGACGCCGAUAUCGACGGCGACGGCAUGAUCAACUACGAAGAGUUUACCAAGAUGCUGCUGUGAUUGUGAUUGUGAUUAUGGUUGUGUUUAUGUUUGUAGAUGUCAAAGUGAUGAAAGAAGAAGAAGGAGGAGGAUGAUGUGGUUUCUAUAUAUAUAUAUAUUUAUAUACUAUAUGCAUCGUAUAAUGGUAAUAUUAAACUGAAAACGUGCAUGGUCUGUUUAAAAGCCCAUCAAAGACAUGAGCCCAUACCCAAGUGUGGUGACACACAGCAUCGUGA